AUGCCGCUCUCGCGAAAGGCGGCUGUUCUGAUCCUACUUUUUGCGGACCCAUAUGGAGAGUUGAGAGUAGUCAUCACCAUGCGAGCAAGCAGUUUGAGUUCAUAUUCCGGUCAAGCUGCCUUGCCAGGCGGCAAAGCGGAAGAGGGUGAGACUGCCUUUGAGUGUGCAAGGCGUGAGGCUUCGGAAGAGAUAGGCCUUCCUAGGCGUGCAUCGGCUCUACCACCACCUUUCAGAGUCGAGCAUCUGUGCACAAUGCCCACGAAUUUAGCCAAGACUGAGCUCACCGUUGUUCCGUGUGUCGCAUUUCUACAUUCAUAUGAUCCAGAGACGGGGCAAGAUGCCAAUGUGGGGGAAAAAUUACUCCCAAGGUUGGACGCGAGGGAGGUUGCGGCGGUAUUUUCGGCACCCUUCAGAAACUUCUUGUACAUGGAAGAUUUGCCAGGUCAGCCCAAUCUACCCGGUAAACCAAGUGAUUGGUACAAGGGAAGCUGGACAGAUUGGCAUCAAAGUCGAUGGCGCAUGCAUAAUUUCUUCGUUCCCGUCACCAACCAGAUUGUCUCGAAGCCGAAGAGAAGCGAAGGGCAAAAGGUCGCGGCAAGCCACCUAGACAAGUAUUCCCGGUACCGAGUCUUCGGAAUGACUGCCAGGAUUCUCGUCGACGCAGCUCGUUACGCCUAUGACCAAGAGCCCACGUUCGAGCACAAUUCUCACUUUGGAGACGAAGAUAUGAUUGUUCGAUUGCGGAAAAUUGGUCGCUUGGGUGAUAUUAGGAAACCAGGCGAUGAGUUGACAAAAGAAGACUUGGUCAAAGCUGCGAACCUUUGA